AUGGCGAGGCCUAGUUAUGCGACUCCUCUUCCCCAACCAUCGCACUCGGAAAUCCUCGAAUGGCGUUUCCCAGGUAAACACAAGCAAUAUGUCCUCACGGGCAGAUCUCGAGCGGCCUGGCACACUUCUUUUGUCAUCCCGCAACUCAACUUGCUACUCGAUGCCGGAUUGAUCAUCAAUAGGCUGCGGCCAAAACACAUCUUCCUCACCCACGGCCACAGCGACCAUACCCUUCUGACGCCAGCCUUUAUCAAGCGCGAUGACCCCCCGGACAUCUUCUGCCCCGCCGAGAUGAAGGUGGCGCUCGACGACUUCCUCCGUGCGAAGACCAUUCUGAACAAGGGCGGCCUCGUCACGGCAGACGACCCCGUGCAGGCCGGCGCCACCUCGGUCGAGGAAGACGAAGAACUCGAUGACCCCGACGAGGAAUCUUCAAAAACGAGCCCCCACAAGCGACACUGGCUGCAAACACACGAAACCCACGGCAUUCGAGCAGGCGAUACCGUCCCACUGCGGCGGACAGUCGACUUCACCGCCGAGAAGUUAAAGCAAGAGUACGCGGGCAGGAAAGGACCCGAGCUAAAGCAGCUCCGGGAGUCAGGCGUCGUGAUCACCGCGCCGCAGUCCACACCCGUGUUCGCCUUUCUGGGCGACACAACAGCGGCCACGCUUGCCUCAGAGCCCCAGUGGCUCAGGGAUGGCAUCCCCGUGGUCAUCACUGAGUGUAGCUUCCUGCACGAGGAACACAGGGCGCAGUCCAUCAAGACGAAGCACACCAUAUGGUCGGAUCUCGAGGGCAUCAUCCGCAAGUGGCCCAGGACGACCUUCGUGUUGACCCACUUCAGCCUGCGCUACAGUGAUGAGGCUGUCAGACAGUUCUUCGACAAGAUGCCCGAUCCUCCGCCCAACAUUGUCGUCUGGAUCGAUGGGAACCCCGAGUCGAACGGCUGA